AUGGCAAAAGUUACAAUCAAAAUCUCGUUUUGGGAAAAAUUGUUAUAUUCCAGUUGUCAUAAAAAUUCCAGAAUUUAUGAAUCAUUGGAUGAAGCUUAUACAAGAAUACAUGAGGAACAAAAUAUUUUGCUAGAAGAAUCUAAAAAAAUUGGCUUAUCAAUUGAUUUAUUCAUGUGUCAUGGCAGUUAUAAGAAAGUUGCAUUAUGGUUAUUUGAAAGACUUAGCCAGGCAAUUCAAGCCAAUGAAGCAUUAGGUCCUAUGGAAGCAAUAUGGAUUUCUGAUGGAAUGAUGGGCGGAAUUAUUUGGGCUCAAAAUGAGUGGAAAGGAUAUGGCCGGCAGUAUGAUGAAACUAGCUUAUAUCCCAGUAUUAUGCAAUCAGCAAUUACAUUUCCAAUUAGUAAAGGAAAAUUCCAAAUACUUAAAGAUUUCAUUAAAAAACAUGAAAAUGGUGAUUAUGCCAUAUAUGGAAUAUAUCGGGCAGAAGUUGAGUAUAAAAAAGAUAUGAAA